UCCAGUACUUUAUUGGUACUUUAUUGAUACUUUAUGAUUAAGAUUGAAGCAGCCAUCUAUCUUACUUUUAUAACUCGAGUCUGAAGAGUCGGCUAUUUUCUAUCUCCUAUGAGACCGUUUCGUGGGAUUUUUAAUGACUGCGCCUUCGCUUUCCUGGUCGGAGAAGGCACUCCGACUGCUUCGGAAAAUGGAUAACUUCAGUUUGCCAGGUUCCGGUCGUUCGCGGUGUCUAAAGUUUGAGGUGGAGGGGGUGCAGGUGGGAUGGAUACCUGCCACAGUGGCGCCGGUACUGAUCCGAUUCCCCCAAGUGUUCACCUUGCCACAGGGGGGUGCCAUAGCACUGUGUGCCAGCCUGGACUCUUACAGCAGGAGGUCAGAGGCUCUGCAUGGUGUUAUCAAGACCCUGCGGGAGGAGAACCAAUUUACCUGUCUGCGGGGGUGGAGAGAGGAGAAGUAUGACGUAAGGGCCAGAUACUGUGACAGUCCACUAAUGUGUAUGGAGAGAGCUGCGACUAGCCUCUUUGGGGUGAAGCGGUAUGGCGUCCAUGUGAAUGGUUACACUCGAGGACCGGAUGGCGAGAUCACCGUUUGGUUGGCUCGGCGGUCGUCCACGAAACAGACCUACCCUGGGAAACUUGACAAUCUGGCAGCUGGUGGCGUGGCCGCAGGAGUCAGCGUGACACAGACCCUGAUCAAAGAGUGUCAAGAGGAAGCAUGUAUCCCAGCAUGCAUUGCGGAGACUGCUCAUCCUGUGGGAACCAUCAGCUACACCUAUGAGGAUGAAGAGGGGGUGUUUCCUGAGAGUCAGUUUGUGUUUGACCUGGAGCUUCCCGCCCACUUCAGGCCUCAGAUCGGUGAUGGCGAGGUGCAGGAGUUCUUCCUUUAUUCCAUCGAGCAGGCAAAGGAUGUGCUGGUGAGUGAGGACUUUAAACCCAACUGCGCAAUGGUGCUUCUGGACUUCCUGAUCAGACACUCCUACAUACAGCCAGACUCUGAGCGGUAUUACCAGGAGUUUGUAGCAGGAUUGCACAAAUCUCUUUGACAGCAGAGGAGAGGAAUUUGCUACAGACGGCGGCUGCCCUGGGGUUGGCCCAGCGGAAUAAAGAGUCAGAGUUAUAUGGGCUCCAAGCAGACCUGCGACAGAGCAGAUGAGCAGCUACUGCAGGGUGGCCUUGCAUCAUCAGUUCCGUUUAGUAUUUUGGCCCACUAUCCCACUUCAGGAUGAAAUGCCAGUUUUUAGUUUUUUUUAAUCAUAACAUAACAUAAUGGCAAGAACAGGCCAUUCAGCCCAACAAUGCUCACCUUUUCCUGUCGCUAAAGUGUACCUAAAUAGUAUCUAACACCGUAUCAAGCCUGGUCUUGAAAACCCCCCAGUGGUUCUGCCUUCCCUACAUGUGACCACUCUGUGGAAAAAUACUUCCUAAUAUCUGUGCGGAAUUUAUCCUUUGCCAAUUUCCAUUUAUCCAUGCAUUUGUAUUUGAGUUUCUUUUUUAUUCCACUGUGAAGCACUUUGAGUAGCUUCAUUGUCUUUUUGAAAAUACAGGAAAGAAACGUACAAAUAAAGCAUAUUACGAUUACUAUUGUUUGAGCACUGCACACAAAUUACCCCUAUUCCUACUUCCCCUGACUAACUUGCUUGUCCACAAGCAAGACUGACUUUUUAUUUCCCCUUAAGCUUACCUUAAUUUUGCCUUAAAAUGAAUAAUUUGAUCAAUUUCAGUAUUCAGGUAGACACAGCAGAACACCGGUGUCUGCUAGUAAACUUAUUGUAGCACUCGGUACUGUAGCUGCCAACCGUGGCAUGCUAGUUGGUAAGUUAAUGUACUUUUUAAGGAUUCAAUUUGUAUCUAUGUGAUCAUGCUAGGACUCGUAUUUGUAGGAAUUGUACUUUCCUUUAGGGUCCUGAACGUACUUGUCCCUGGUUUUGAUUUGCACUUCACUGUACGUUGCUCUGGAUAAGAGCGUCUGCUAAAUGCCUUAAAUGUAAUGUAAUGUAAUGUAAUAGUGCUUCUGAUGAUCUGUAUCAAACCUGCUGGAUGUCUUUUAACUGCUUGUUGUGUCCACAAAGGUUGUUCAGGCCCUGACAAUAUGAACAGUGACGUGUGGCCCCACAGCCAAUAAAAGCACAUCUCUGGUUAGUGUGAAUGCUGCAUGUGUGAGGGGGUGUAAUUUAAGGCAGGUUUAAGGUUCCCAAACUGCAGUAAAAAAAUUUAAUUUUCCCUUUUAA